GUGAUGGCACCGCUCCUGGAGCAUGAAAGCCAGCUUUUCCUGGAGCUAUUUCAUGAAGACGGUCUGGUGAUCACAGCGCGGGGACUGGGUAUCGAUAGGAUACUGCAGCACUUCCUGCGGCUUCACUGCGACCCCGGGAGCCUGGUGCUGGUGCUUAAUACACACACUGCUGAGGAGGAAUAUCUCAUCGAACAGCUUCGGUCGGAAGGAGUUACCCACCUGCCCCGCAUUAUCACCAAUGAGAUUGCGAGCAGUGAACGCCACAAUGUAUACACACAAGGCGGUGUGUUAUUUGUCACUAGUCGAAUCCUUGUGGUUGACUUCCUCACUGAUCGGAUUCCUGCAAACCUAAUAACUGGUAUCUUGGUGUACAAAGCUCACAAGAUCAUAGAGUCGUGCCAGGAAGCUUUCAUACUGCGCCUGUACCGGCAGAAGAACAAGCACGGUUUCAUUAAGGCCUUCACCGACAAUCCAGUCGCCUUUCACGCCGGCUUCUGCCAAGUGGAGAGAGUGAUGAGGAACCUCUUCGUUCGAAAGUUGUAUCUGUGGCCAAGGUUCCAUGUUUCAGUAAAUUCAUUCCUUGAGAAGCACAAGCCUGAGGUGGUGGAGUUGCACGUGUCCAUGACACCGGCCAUGCUGGCUAUCCAGGCCUCUAUUCUGGACAUCAUGAACGCCUGUCUGAGAGAACUUAAGCGAUACAACCCAGCGCUUGAGGUGGAAGAUUUGUCUUUAGAAAAUGCCAUUGGUAAAGCCUUUGAUAAGACUAUACGCCAUUACCUGGAUCCCCUCUGGCACCAACUAGGGGCUAAGACUAAAUCCUUGGUUCAGGACUUGAAGAUCCUGCGCACACUCUUGCAGUAUCUGUCGCAAUACGACUGUGUGACUUUUCUAAACCUGCUGGAAUCAUUGCGGGCAAGUGAGAAGGCGUUUGGUCAAAACUCCGGUUGGCUAUUUCUUGACUCUAGCACAUCAAUGUUUGUUCAUGCUCGAGCCAGAGUUUACCAACUUCCUGACUCCAAGGGAAUCAAGAAAACCAAAACCUCUGAGCCCAGCGAUAAGCAAGAAGGGAAAAGAGAAUUGGUUCUUGAGAGUAAUCCUAAAUGGGAAGCUCUGAGCGAAGUCCUGAAGGAGAUUGAAACAGAAAAUAAGAACAGUGAAGAUCUGGGAGGUCCAGGCCGUGUGCUGAUAUGUGCUAGCGAUGAUCGGACCUGUGCGCAGCUGAGGGAGUACAUCGCUGUAGGAGCAGAGGCUCUUUUAAUGCGACUUUACAACAAAACCUUUGGGAAAGAUGAAAAAGCAGCGGAAGUUUGGAUAAAAACCAGAAAGGCUGUCAAGUCCAAAGAGAAGGCAUCUCGGGCAAAGAAAGCAAAAGACGGCCCUGCUAAACAAAAGAAAAACAGUAAAAAAACGGAAUUAACGUUAACUCAAAUGAUAGGGAAAGCAGAGGAUGAUGACACGGGGAAAGAGGGGGAAGACCCCUACCAAGAGGAGAGCAUAACUCAGGAGAGCAGCCUUGAGGAACCUAAAUUUGAGGACCUGCAGUUAAAUUUGUCUUCAGACAAUUAUUAUGGCAUAUUAAAGGAGCCCCUUACAGUUAUUCACCCACUUCAAGGUUGCAGUGACCCCUACAGCCUCACAAGGGUACUGCAUGAAGUGGAGCCACGCUACCUAGUGCUGUAUGAUGCGGAGCUUAGCUUUGUUCGCCAGCUUGAGAUCUACAGAGCGUGUAAACAGAAAGCAUUAAGGGUUUAUUUCCUGAUCUACGGAGGCUCCACAGAGGAACAACGUUAUCUCACAGCCUUGAGGAAAGAGAAAGAGGCAUUUGAAAAACUGAUUCGGGAGAAGGCUAGUAUGGUCAUCCCUGAGGAACGAGAAGGGAGAGAUGACACCAAUCUGGAUCUUCAGAGAGAUGUAACCCGGGCAUCAGCCGAUACCGACACUCGCAAAGCUGGAGGGCAGCGGCAGACUAGCGUGCAGCAGACCAUCAUAGUUGACAUGCGCGAGUUUCGUAGUGAGCUCCCAUCUCUCAUUCAUCGCCGGGGAAUUGACAUUGAACCUGUUACUCUGGAGGUGGGAGAUUACAUCUUGACCCCGGAUAUUUGUGUAGAGAGGAAGAGUAUAAGCGACUUGAUUGGCUCCCUAAACAACGGGCGCCUUUACACACAGUGUGUUUCUAUGUCCCGCUAUUAUAAGAGGCCUAUUCUUCUGAUUGAAUUUGAUCCCAACAAACCAUUCUCCCUCACGUCACGCAACUCUAUUCACCAAGAGAUUUCAGUCAAUGACAUCACUUCAAAAAUAACCCUCCUAACACUUCAUUUCCCAAGACUUCGUCUCUUGUGGUGCCCAUCCCCGUAUGCUACUGCUGAACUGUUUGAGGAAUUGAAGCAGAACCGUCCGCAACCUGACGCUGCAACAGCGAUGGCUGUCACUGCGGAUUCAGAGACCAUUCCGGAAUCUGAGAAGUAUAAUCCGGGUCCUCAAGAUUUCCUUCUAAAAAUGCCAGGAGUAAAUGCCAAGAAUUGUAGAGCAAUUAUGAAUCAUGUCAAGAGCAUUGCAGAGCUGACUACUCUAUCUCAAGAGAGACUCACUGAAAUCCUUGGAAAUUCCAAUAAUGCUAAACAACUGUACGAUUUUAUACACACGUCAUACACUGAAGCUAUGUCUCUUGGGAAAGCAAAGAGGUGAUAGAAGCUGGAUAGACUUUUUAAAAUGAAAUUAAUUUAAAUAAAUUUGGUCAUUUGCAUAAAACAUUUUUGUUAUUUAUAUAUAUAUAUUUUAAAGGCACAAUUGUAUAAAAAAUGAAAAUAUAUUGCAGCAUUGUUUCAUUACACAGAACUAAACAUUUUAUAUAAAAAUCGCAAGGUGUGUAAUGUUUCUUUAAUACUCAUAUACCUUGUGAUCCCAAUGUCUCUUAAGUUUGUAAAUAUUUUCAUAUGUAUCUGCUGUAACAAAAAUUUGUAUGAAUUCUUAUAAAUAUCCUUUAAAAUAUAACUUUUAUUAUUGUUCGGUUGAAAGAAAAAUAUAGUAUUUGAAAAGUAAA